CUUUUGUUCUCGCGCUCGUGUCAUGGCCGCCGUCCUGCGGGGCCUGCGAUGGCAGCAUGCAGCAUGGGCCUGGCAGGAGUGCGCCAUCAGCUUGGUCGGCUUGUUGUACACGAGUGUGGCGCUGGAUGCAUGUCACAUGCUGCAGUUGAAGCUAUGGACGACUGCUCUGCCACACUCGUCGUGCUCGCUCGCUGCUCGUUGUGCUCUCAGGCUCCGCGUUCUGCGGAUGGGUGGACGGAGGCCGCGCCAGUCCCGAAUAUCCUAUGACGAUGCGCUCUCUAGUCAGACAGUCAGACGCCGUUGACUCGGGGUCGGGCACGCGUACGCCAUGGCUGCAUGCCUGGCGUGUGAAAGCGAUGUAACGGUGCUUCUGCUGAAUGCAUGCAUGCACAGCUGGGUAUUGACAUGCCAUGGCUCAUUUCGUAUUUGGCAGGCC